CAAUGGCCAGUGAGUGUCCCAUCUGUCUUAAAUAGUAAUAUCUGCGAGGCAGUAUGGUCUUCGACCUUAGCCUGAUCCAUGUGGAACGAAUCUGAACAAAACAAUGUGGUUUAUACCACAAACUAAAUAGAGGUACUGUUUAUACCAAACAAACAUACCAAAACUAUUAUAUUAUUUUUUUGGGAACUCGCGGUGUAGUAGCUUGUAUUUUAACUAAUGAUAUAUUGUAACGUACAUAACAAUGUCUAAAGUAUUAAUUAUAAGACAUUUACCCUCAACGUUGUCUUUUGAAGACAAAGAGCAGCUUUUGAAGCACUUCGGCGCCGAAAAAGUUUGGGAAACAAAAUUCAAAAGAAAUUAUAUAUUCGCGUCUUUCGCUAACGCUGAGAAGGCAAAGAGCUCAUUACUUAGGCUUCAUCAACUCGAAAUAGCUGGCAGAAGGUUGGUAGUAGAGUACUCAUUUGAAGGUGAACCUGUAUCUCAAAAACCGGAAUCUGAACAAACUUCGUCUAUUACCAAACAUGUCACAGAAUUUCUUUGCGCUCUCAACGCCUGGAAUCCUUCUGUUGACUUUUACCAGCCUCCUCCUAUGCACAUUAACUACAAAUAUCCAGAUAUUGACUGCAAUAUCAUUGUGAAUAUUAUUUACUGCCUUUUAUCUCACAAACCAUUUUACGUACAAACACUACAUUUAAUGAAUAAAAUGUGUCUUGACAUUCCUUUUGAAGAGAACGAAAAGGCUAUACAAUACUUUAAAGAAACUUUUAGGACAUAUUUUAUAGAUGAAAUUUUACCAAUGCCAGUUAACCAAUCUGAUACUGAUGAAUCUGAAAUAUCAAGUGAUGAGCAUGAGAAACAACAUCAGCCCACUCCAGUGUCUUUGAAGCGCCUCCAUACACUACCAAAAACAAGAAAGAGGCCAGCAGCCAUUUUGUCAACAGCCACAUUGCCUAAAGUUCGGAAAGUUCCACAUAAUCAGGUAGAAGUGUUUGAGAAUGUGGCACCGCUCCAAGAGACAAAGAAGAUAUCAGUGUUUGUUCCCCAGGAUGCCUUGCAGAAAGCCCCAGAAUCACUAGAAGUAAUAGGAGAGUUGGGGAAAUUCCAGAAGCCAGAGCAACCAGAAAAGGUCACAGACACACCUAUAGAAAUUGAACAGCCCACUAUAACUAGAAAGGAAUUGUUGAAAAAUAGAAUAUCAUACAGAGACAUGAAGAUUCUGCCAGUUUACAAGAACUACCACCCAGGGCAACCUUCCAUGAGAUUGUAUAUAAAGAAUCUGGCUAAAACUGUGACUGAGCAGGAUGUUAAGAGGAUAUACAAACAUUACGUUGCACACCUCCCAGAUGAUGACGUAGGGUUCGACGUCCGAGUGAUGCAAGAGGGGAAGAUGAAAGGGCAAGCAUUUGUCACUUUCCCUUCAGUUGAAAUAGCUGAGACUGCUUUGAAUGAGACUAAUGGAUUUAUGUUGAAAGAAAGACCUAUGGUUGUGCAGUUUGCUAGAGCUGCAAAUAAAAAAACUAUUGAGUAA